CCCGAGUAGUGACGCCACAUCCUGUUUAGCCUUGUCGCUAAGCUAUCCAACAACAUGAUGGCUACUCUUUUGGUUGAAUAAGAUCAACUAAAAUUGGAAAUCAACAACCGAUCAUUUGGACAGCUUUAUAUAAUCUGCUCAUCGACAUCUACAUCUUGUAGCUGUACAAUUUGUUUCUGCCUCUUCAAACCACCAAAAUGCCUAUCCAGUGCAGCAAGUGUACCGAGCAGCGGGCGGUCCUGAAACGUCCAAAGACCGGUCAAUCGUUAUGUAAAGAGUGUUUCUUCAUUGUUUUUGAGGAAGAAAUCCACCACACGAUUGUGUCAGCACAGCUCUUUAAACCAGGAGAGACUGUGGCAAUAGGUGCUUCUGGUGGGAAGGAUUCCACGGUCCUUGCACAUGUUAUGAAAGUCCUGAACGAGCGUUACAAAUAUGGUCUCAACCUCAUGCUGCUAUCUGUGGACGAGGGCAUCACCGGUUACCGGGACGACUCCCUGGAGACUGUGAAGAGGAACCAGGAGCAGUAUGACCUGCCGCUGAAGAUUGUUUCUUAUGAGGAGCUGUACGGCUGGACCAUGGAUGCUAUCGUGAAACAAGUCGGAAUGAAAAACAAUUGCACCUUUUGUGGAGUAUUCAGACGACAGGCCUUGGAUAGAGGAGCCAAACUGCUGAACGUAGAUAAGAUAUGUACAGGCCACAAUGCAGACGACCUGGCGGAGACGGUGCUGAUGAACGUCCUGCGGGGGGACAUUGCCCGCCUGCGCCGAUGCACCUCCAUCUCCACCAGCAGCGGCGGUGAGGGCGUGCUGCCCCGCUGCAAGCCCCUCAAGUAUGCCUACGAGAAGGAGAUCGUGCUGUACGCCUACUUCAAGAAGCUCGACUACUUCUCCACCGAGUGCAUCUACUCCCCCAACGCCUACCGCGGCCACGCCCGGGCCUUCCUCAAGGACCUGGAGAGCGUGCGGCCCAGCGCCAUCAUGGCCGUGCUCCACUCCGGGGAGAAUCUGUCCAUCAAGGAGAGCGUGAAGAUGCCGGUCCAGGGGACGUGCGGCCGCUGCGGCUACAUCUCCAGCCAGGCCCUCUGCAAGGCCUGCGUGCUGCUGGAGGGCCUCAACCGGGGCCUGCCCAGGCUGGGCAUCGGAAAGCACCACCGCCUGCACCAGAAGCUCCUCUCCCAGCAGCCCCUCAGCAACGCAGAGGAGAGGAAGCUGAAGGCAGUGGACUUCUGAGUGAGGCGGGUCCAGGUGUUUUUUACAAUGACAGUGAAGGGAUCGUGAGUGGGAGGAAAUUAAGGAUGACUCGACCACACCAUCAUCAUCACCAUCAUCAUCAUUUUUUACGUAAAAACGUUUCUGAUCAAUUGGUUUUUAUCAGCUGGUUCUUUUCAGGGGAAAUCUGACUCCACAAGAUCACAUACAGAGUUUUGCCUCAAUCCAUGUUUCUUUAUCGUGCUAUCUAUUACCUAAGAGAACAGGCUUAUUUUAAAAUAUGGAAUGUACAGCUUUCUUUGUCAUGUUUUAGGUUUAUAUUUAUUAUUCUUAAAUCGUGUUUGUUAUAUGUUCUAGUAAACACAAUAUCUAUGUAUAGUGGCUAUUUGUUAAAAAAAAUGAUUAAAAAAGAUUUAUAUAUCUAACAGAUA